AUGUCGUCGAUGGAUGUAACUGUUGCAUCAAGUAAUCGAAAGCGCAAGAAUGGACACAGGAAUGAUGAUCAAUUGAUUUGUAAUCAUCUAGAGGAUCUGAUAAUGCGAUCUAAAAACGAGACUAUUCUUCUUACUGAACUUCGUGAUGUGUUGAUGGAUCAUUUACUUGGAAAUAUACAGACUAAUCUCAAGUAUACGGUACUAUUUGUAUGUGAAGAGGUGCCAGAUUUACGACAGAAACAAGUGACGUUAUAUGAUACAAAAGACAAGACAGUGACUGGAAAUCCAGAGAUCACUCUACUUGAAGGGGUGGAAGGUGACUAUCAAUUUCAAAGUCGACUAUCAGAGGGUGACAGUAUUCCACGUUGCGACGCGACGCUACUCAAGAUUCCUUUAUCCAAGCGUGAUAGAGAGAAGGAGAAGCAUGUGGUCAAGAAGGCUAUCAAAAAGAAGAUUAAGAAGUUUAAGAAGCGAUCAGGCGAAAACACUAGGCCAAGUGCUGAAUUCUAUGUGCUGUCUUCAGAUGAACUAAAGAUGUAUCUGCCUUCCAUUCCGUUUGAAGACGCUAAAGCUGCGGCACAAUUUGUAUCAACAAAGGCGCUGCGGAGUGGUGAAACAAGACCAGCUGAACAGCUCUUGCUUGCUCUUGACUGCGAAAUGUGUCGAACCACAAAAGGUGUAGAGCUCACGCGUGUUACGCUGAUAGACGCAAGUGAAAAUGUUCUACUGGAUGAGUAUGUGCGACCAAAGAACCCUAUCGUCGACUACUGUACACAAUAUUCAGGCAUCACGUGUGAUAUCAUGGAGGCUACAACGAUGCGGCUUGCAGAAAUUCAGGAAAAGUUUUUGGCACUUGUUCCUGCAGAAGCCAUCCUGGUAGGUCACUCAAUUGAGAAUGAUCUUCAGGCACUGCAGGUACUGCACCGACGAAUUAUUGAUACGGCAUGCAUGUACCCACACCCAAAAGGACCGCCAUACCGCUCUGCUUUAAGAUUUUUGGCAAGCCGGUUUCUUAGUCGUACUAUCCAGACAAGCACAGAAGGUCAUUGCAGCGUGGAGGACGCGGUAGCAACGUUACAGUUGGUACGGCUCAAGAUCAAGCAUGGACCUACAUUUCCAAGCAUUGAUUACGAAUACAAGCAGAAGAUGGUCGUUACUGAGAUGUCCCGGGCCAAAAAGUCGGUUCUGAUUGUAGACUCGCAACGUUCAUGCAGAUCACUAAGUUGUGGCGUUGCCUGCAUCAUUCCACGUGAAAACCCUAGCAAAGUUGUGCAAACAAUCGUCCAUCAAUUGACGACGGGCUAUCCUCCGCAUCUUACGUGGGCUCGUAUACGUGGAGUCAAACGUUCCGAGAUUGAGAUGUAUGUGCAGCAGAUAAAAACCGUUUUGCCCAAGAAUUCAUGCCUUGUCACAGUGGUUUGUGGAGAUACGAAAGACUUACGGGAGCUUCAUAAACGUCGCAUAGCACGAUCUGAUCCAAGAAGCUCACUCAUGUGGGAUAAGGAACAGCAGGAGCUAUUAGAUGCAACGGCAUUAGUAGCUCAGAUAGGGCUUGUACAUAUUUGUGUGCAGUAA